ACUUUCCUAAUUGGUCUAACGACACGCACCUCAAAACCAGCGGGUCUGAUACUUCAGUCUCAACUAUCACGCGCCUGAGUGGAAGCAAUGGGGUCCCCCGGCUCAGUAAAACUGGAAGAAGAGUGUGUUAGUGGGGCUCAGCUCAUCGCAGAAGCCCUGAAGAUGCAAAACAUCGAGUACAUGUUUGGUAUUGUUGGUGUUCCAGUGACUGAAAUAGCAAUUGCAGCUCAAGCAAGUGGAAUUAAAUAUGUAGGAAUGCGCAAUGAACAAGCUGCCUCCUAUGCUGCCUCUGCUGUUGGAUACCUGACAGGCAGGCCUGGUGUAUGCCUUGUGGUUUCUGGUCCUGGUCUUAUACAUGCUCUAGCAGGAAUGGCAAAUGCGAACAUGAAUUGUUGGCCUCUUAUUGUUAUUGGAGGUUCCUCUGACAGAAAUCAGGAAACAAUGGGAGCUUUUCAAGAAUUUCCACAGGUUGAAGCUUGUAGGCUAUACAGCAAAUUUUCUGCCAGACCAAGCAGUCUAGAAGUUAUUCCUGCUGUUAUUGAGAAGGCUGUCAGGAACAGUAUCUAUGGCCGUCCAGGUGCCUGCUACAUUGACAUACCUGGAGACUUUAUAAAUCUUCAGGUGAACAAGAGCGCUGUCAAAUUUACAGAAUGCUGUCCAGAACCUCCAAUCAGCAUGGCUGAAGAAUCAGCUAUUUCUAAAGCAGUUUCAAUCAUUGCACAUUCCAGAAAGCCACUGCUCAUUAUUGGCAAAGGUGCUGCUUAUUCACGUGCUGAAAACAGCAUCAGAAAGUUGGUGGACCAAUGUGGGCUUCCCUUUUUGCCUACACCAAUGGGGAAGGGAGUUGUUCCUGACAACCAUCCAUACUGCGUAGCUGCUGCCAGAUCUAGGGCACUGCAGUAUGCUGAUGUGAUAAUAUUACUUGGGGCCAGAUUGAACUGGAUUCUACACUUUGGACUUCCUCCAAGAUUUCAGCCAGAUGUGAAGAUUAUCCAGGUAGACAUCUGUGCAGAAGAGCUGGGGAAUAAUGUGAGACCGACUGCAGCCUUACUGGGUAACAUAAAAGCUGUGACUGAGCAGCUUUUAGAUCAACUGGGCAAAAAGCUUUGGAAAUAUCCCUCUAAUACAGAAUGGUGGAAAGAACUACUAGCAAAAAUGAAAAGCAAUGAGGAGACAUCCAAGGCACUCUCACUACAAAAGCACCUGCCAAUGAAUUACUAUAUGGUAUUCCACCAUGUCAGAGAACUUUUGCCAAAGGACUGCAUUCUGGUUAGUGAGGGAGCCAACACAAUGGACAUUGGGCGCACUAUGCUUCCAAACUUCCAUCCCCGCCACAGGCUUGAUGCUGGUACCUUUGGGACAAUGGGAGUUGGACUGGGUUUUGCAGUAGCUGCUGCCAUGGUUACGAAGGACCGCAUUCCCAAGCAGCGGGUGGUCUGUAUCGAAGGAGAUAGUGCCUUUGGGUUUUCCGGCAUGGAGGUGGAGACUAUCUGCAGGUAUGACCUGCCGAUAAUUAUAAUCAUCGUCAACAACAAUGGUAUAUACAGCGGCCUGGAUGCAGAUAGUUGGAAGGAAGUGUUGACACUUGGAGAAGCUGCUGUAUGCGUCCCACCAGUGUCUCUGUUGCCAAAUGCUCACUAUGAGCAGGUUAUGUCAGCUUUUGGUGGUAAAGGGUACUUUGUACAAACACCAGAAGAACUGCAAGCUGCUUUGAGAGCAAGCUUGGCCGAGAAGCAUGUACCUGCCCUCAUUAAUGUCAUGAUUGAUCCACAAUCAGACAGGAAGAAGCAAGAUUUUCACUGGCUGACCCGGUCUAACAUGUAGCAGAAGAUGAAAGGACGACUGAGAUCCUGAGCAAAAUGCCUGUGUAAACCAGACUUAUUGGACUUUCAGGAUUCCAAGCACUCUAGAAAGAGUCCAUGUGUCAAGUAAUUUUCAACAGAUGAAAAUAUUAAAUAUAAAUAAGUAUUAUUAAUGGAGUAUACAAUUUGCCCCUCAUAUUGUGAACUAAAUGUAUUUUCCCACUGUGGGAAUGCAGUGCAGCACUAUAAUGGUAUUUUUUAGUGAGAUGGAAAAUAGAACCCAUAGAUAAUGUAAGCUCACAAUUUAAAUAAAUCAAACGUGUGUCUCUUGGUUUUGUAUCUCAUUUGUCUUGUAUGAUAUGAAAUGAUAAAAUGGAAAAAAAUCACCCUCUCCAUACUUUACAACUACAAAAUGACAAAUUGCUAAACCAUAUGUAUUCAGAAGCUUUGUUGGCUUUAACAUUUUACUUGUAGGCUUUGUUUAACAUUGGCUGGAUUGUGCCCUUGGUAAACACAUUUGAGUCCCACUGACUUCAGUGGGGAGGAGCAAAGGGAAAGAGUGAAGCUUUCUUUCUUAUCUUUCUCAACAAUUGUAAUCAAUAGGGAUGUGUACUAAUUCUGUACUAAUGUGUACUAGUGGAUAUUUUUGCCUUGUGUAUUAACUCCUUCUCUGUCACUUCUUGUUUUCCAGUGUUCUUUUAAAAUCAUAAUACUAUAAUGUUUCCUUAUAUGUCCCUCAUAAGUUUAGAAGAAAGAUUGUAAAAAUCAGCAGUGUAUAUCUUUUUUAAAAUACAAGUUUGUUUAAUACCAUUAUACAAUCACCAGAGGGCACACUUCAUUCAGGGUUCACUUUUUCAUAACUGUAUUAUAUAAAGGCUGGGUGGUUAUUGUCUUUUUAAUCAAAAUGCUAAGUAUUAUAUUUUGGAUAGGAAUAUUAGCAUCAUGUCAACUAGUAAUGAAAAUGCAGACAAUUUUACACAUUUUGAACAUUAGGAUGAUAAAAUGAUGGAGCAAAAUAUGUUGGCAUACCAAAUAAAUUUUAAACCAUGGAA